ACUAAAUUAAGCUCUCAAAGGUCCAUUCUAGAUCUAUCAUACGUAUAGUCAACAUAUCUAAUAUAUAUGUAGUUAACUCUCUGGAAAGUAGACUUAUAAGGAGAUGUAUCCUUCCUUCUACAGCAAUCGGGACACCUCUUUCUCAACAAGUAACUACCAAAAGACUUCUUUCAUCAACUUUAAUCUUCAAAAUCAUUCAAAAUUACCCUCUCAAGAUUAUUACCAGCCUUCAUCCUCUUCCUCACAUACCUUGUAUGGCCCUCAUCACAUACACGAACCUGAGAUUUUCCAACAACAGCAACGACCCUUCUCUACUGAUCAUAAUUUUCACGACACUCUCAUUGUAGCUCAUCAACACUCAACUCGGAAGACUAGUAAUCUGCAGUACACCAUGGAAAAGCCAAGCUACAAUAACGGAAAAUACGCUACAGCUACUGGCAACGAUCACCUUAACACUCAUGUAAUUCUUCAGAAUACCUCUUUAAAGGGAAAGAAAGCUUCCAAGAAAGAUCGUCACAGCAAGAUAAACACAGCUCAAGGCCCAAGGGACCGAAGGAUGAGAUUGUCUCUUGAUGUUGCAAAAAGGUUCUUCAGGUUGCAAGAUAUGCUUGGGUUCGAUAAGGCCAGCAAUACUGUCGACUGGCUGCUCAUGAAAUCAAAACCCGCUAUUCAAGAUCUACUCCCACAACAGUUAGACCGUACUUGCAGUCUCAUUGGUCUAUCAAACAGCGGUUCUUCUGCUUCAGAAUGUGAAGUUAUGUCUGGAAUUGAAGAUCAAUCUAUGGAGAAAAUCAGGGAAGAUACGGUGAUGAGAGUAGGUAACGCUAAAUCUACUUCCUCUAGCAGUAACAAAGAGAAGAAAAAGGUUGAUAGAGGAGUUAGGAAAAGUGCGUAUAUUCAUCACUCUCUUGCUAAAGAAACUAGGGAACAAGCAAGAGCAAGGGCAAGAAAGAGGACAACUGAAAAGAGAAAUAACAAGAUCGGUGGAGGUGAUGUUGGUGGUUCUGGGUCUGAUCAGUAUUCUAAAUUUAGACCACAUUUCGAUCAGGUGAUGAAUCAAAAUGUAAAUCGAUUAGGGUCUUGGAUUCCCUUUGGAGAAAACCAAGUUCAAACAACUGAUCAAGCGGAAUAUCCAAUUUCCCAUAUUCAAAUUAAGCAAGGGUUUGUUGGUGAUAAAUCGUCAGCGAUGCCAAACAGUUGGAGCCCAUCUUUCUUGUUUAAUUAUCAGCAUAAUCCUGGACCUUCUUAUGAGGCCUCAUGAAGUUGAUGAAGGGUGAGCCAAGUUCUUCCUCUUUGCAAGAUAUUCGGUUUUCUUGUUUCCAAGUCUUUAAUUAGGAUCAGGAAACAUAAUCUUUUGUUGGUAGUUUGCCGGUCUUCGUUUUUAGGAUAGUUCGUACUUUAUAAAUAAUAUAGUUUAGGCAUUCUAAUCAUCCUAAUUCUCUAGCGCUAAUCGAUUUUAAUAAUAAUAUAAGUGUAGUGUCUUGUGGUUCUUUUCCUUUAAGAACUUCCAUACUAAAUUAUAUGCUCUUGGUUGUUCUAGUUCUUUUUUGUUGUUCAUCAUAAUUAUAACAAGUAGUAUGAGGUCCAUCUUUCCUAAACAUGUCAAACAUAAUAGAAUUUAUCCUUAGACAUGCCAAGGUCUUAAUCGAAUUUAUCCCUUAACAUGCCAAGCUUUUAAUUGAUUUUUACUAAUAAAUAUUAC